GCUACCAUGUUGACCUUAGCCAAAACUGUGUUCAUUUCAACUCUGUUAAUUUCAUUACCAUUUGGUAGCUAUGAGAAGCAAAAUCCUGGAAGAAAUACAACUCAAAGCACUGAGGAUGUUUUGAAAACAAUAGGAAAUAAAUCUAUUCCCUUGGAAAGUGAAGCAAAUAUAACUUCAGAAAAUGAAGCCAGGAGUGCCUCCAAUCACCCGGUGGCUGAAGCUCCUUUGGAUCUAUCCACAACCUCCGAAACAGUAAAUUCCACCAACAACUUGCUAAGAGUUAACAAUUCUGAGGGUCCAAGACCUACCUCCACAUUUUCCACAGUCUCUCCCUUCCUUCAUGGCUUUGUUUCUCGCUUACCUUUGAAUUCAUCUAUAACAGAUAAAAAUCUUGGGCACAUCUCAGCGCAUCUGGAUUCUACGUAUUCUUUAUCAUCAGAAAAUCAUACUUGGGUUUUGGACAAUGAUACCUUGAAAAUUCCUGACAUUUCUAGUUCUGUCACAAACCAUGCUCCAGGAUCAACUACCACACCUGUGACCCCUUUGACAGUGGAACCUACUGGAUUGCUUACCACGAACAGUGACAACUUUGCCGGAUUUACCCCUUAUCAAGAAAAUACAACCUUACAACCCACCUUAAUAUUCACCAAUAAUUCAAAACUCUUUCCAAAUACAUCAGACACUCAAAAAGAGAAUAAAAGCACAGGAAUAGUAUUCGGGGCCAUUUUAGGGGCUAUUCUGGGUGUUUCCCUGCUUAGCCUUGUUGGCUACUUGUUGUGUGGAAAAAGGAAAACAGAUUCCUUUUCCCAUCGGCGACUGUAUGAUGACAGAAAUGAACCAGUUCUACGAUUAGAUAAUGCACCAGAACCUUAUGAUGUCAAUUUUGGAAAUUCUAGUUACUACAACUCAGCUGUGAGUGAUGCAUCCAUGCCAGAAGGUGGAGAAAAUGUUCAUGAUGACAUUCCAAUGGAUGAUAUACCACCGCUUCGCACCGCAAUAUAA